GGGCCGCGCCGUGGCCCCCGGUGUACGGCGGCUGAGAGGUGAGGUUCCGGAGGGCCCGGGGUAGGGGCUGACGCCUGCCGAGUACUUGCCCUCUACUGGUACCCGCUCUCCGGUCACCUCAGGGGGCGGGGCGGAGGCCCCUGGGGUCCCGGGGCCACGGCCAGCCUGGCGCUCCGGACGGUUGCCGGGCAGGGGUGCGGCGGCGCGUUUGGCGCGGAAGUGCCAGGGAGCCGCGGGCCGGGGUCGCGCACCUCCCCCUGCGACGGGCUCCGGUCGGGCCUGAGAGGUGGCCCGGGUCAACUGGGGUGCAGUCAUGCAGGAAAACCUCAGAUUUGCUUCAUCGGGAGAUGAUGUUAAAAUAUGGGAUGCUUCAUCUAUGACAUUGGUGGAUAAGUUCAACCCACACACAUCACCACAUGGAAUCAGCUCAGUGUGUUGGAGCAGCAAUAAUAACUUUCUAGUGACAGCAUCUUCCAGUGGUGACAAAAUAGUUGUUUCAAGUUGCAAAUGUAAACCUGUUCCACUUUUAGAGCUUGGUGAAGGGCAAAAGCAGACAUGUGUCAGUUUAAAUUCAACAUCAAUGUAUUUGGUAAGCGGAGGCCUAAAUAACACUGUUAAUAUUUGGGAUUUAAAAUCAAAAAGAGUUCAUCGAUCUCUUAAGGAUCAUAAAGAUGAAGUAACUUGUGUAACAUAUAAUUGGAAUGACUGCUACAUUGCUUCUGGAUCUCUCAGUGGUGAAAUUAUUUUGCACAGUGUAACCACUAAUUUAUCUAGUACUCCUUUUGGCCAUGGUAGUAACCAGUCUGUUCGGCACUUGAAGUAUUCCUUGUUUAAGAAAUCGCUACUGGGCAGUGUUUCGGAUAAUGGAAUAGUAACUCUCUGGGACGUGAAUAGUCAGAGCCCGUACCACAGCUUUGACGGUACACAUAAAGCUCCAGGUUCAGGCAUCUGUUUUUCUCCUGUCAAUGAAUUGCUAUUUGUAACCAUAGGCUUGGAUAAAAGAAUCAUUCUCUAUGACACUUCAAGUAAGAAGCUAGUGAAAACUUUAGUGGCUGACGCUCCUCUAACUGCAGUAGAUUUCAUGCCUGAUGGAGCCACUUUGGCUAUUGGAUCUUCCCGUGGGAAAAUAUAUCAAUAUGAUUUAAGGAUGUUGAAAUCACCAGUUAAAACCAUCAGUGCACAUAAGACAUCUGUGCAAUGUGUAGCAUUUCAGUACUCCACUGUCCUUUCUAAGUCAGGUUUAAAUAAAGGCUGUUCAAAUAAGCCCACAGCUGUGAACAAACGUACCGUUAAUGUGAGCGCUGCUAGUGGAGGAGUCCAGAAUUCUGGAGUUGUCAGAGAAGCAGCUACCACUUCCAUUGCCACAGUUCUGCCACAGCCCACGACAGCAGUUGUGGGGAAAGGAACAGUUGCUGUUCAAGACAAAGCAGGUCUGCCUCGAAGCAUAAACACAGAUAUUUUAUCUAAGGAAACAGAGAGUGGGAAAACCCAGGAUUUCUCCAGCUUUGAUGAUACUGGAAAAAGUAGUUUAGGUGACAUGUUCUCACCUAUCAGAGAUGAUGCUGUAGUUAACAAAGGAAGUGAUGAGUCCGUAGGCAAAGGAGAUGGCCUUGACUUUCUACCACAGUUGAACUCAGUGUUUCCUCCAAGAAAAAAUCCAGUAGCUUCAGGCACUCCAGUGUUGCAUUCUAGUCCUCUUAAUGUCUUUACGGGGUCUCCAGGGAAAGAAGAAAAUGAGAAUCGUGAUCUGACAGCUGAAUCUAAGAAAAUGUAUCUGGGAAAACAGGAACCUAAAGACUCCUUCAAGCAGUUUGCAAAGUUGAUCUCCGGUGCUGAAACUGGAAAUCUAAAUACCUCUCCAUCAUCCAACCAAACAAGAAGUCCUGAGAAAUUUGAAAAGCCAGAAAAAGAAAUUGAAGCCCAGUUUAUAUAUGAACCUCCAGUCAAUGGAUCCUCAACUCCAAAUCCAAAGAUAGCAUCUUCUGUCACUGCUGGAGUUGCCAGUUCACUAUCAGAAAAAAUAGCUGAUAGCAUUGGGAAUAAUCGGCCAAAUGCACCAUUGACAUCUGUUCAAAUCCAUUUUAUUCAGAACAUGAUACAGGAAACAUUGGAUGACUUUAGAGAAGCAUGCCAUAGGGAUAUUGUGAAUUUGCAAGUGGAGAUGAUUAAACAGUUUCAUAUGCAAUUGAAUGAAAUGCACUCUUUGUUGGAAAGAUACUCAGUGAAUGAAGGUUUAGUGGCAGAAAUUGAAAGACUACGAGAAGAAAACAAAAGACUACGGGCACACUUUUGAAAUUUCAAUGAAUACUUUAAUGUUUUGUAAUUUGGGAAGCUUCUGGCAACACAGAGCUACAUGGAAUCAGUAUUGUUUUCAUGGCCUCUGGGAAAAUUUUUUUUCGAGUAAAAGGGUGAUGGGAUUGUAUACCAACCACUAUUUCAUCUUUUCUGUCAAAAAUAUUUAUAUUUUUAUAUUAAAAACUGUACACUGUGUCAUCUCCCUAAGAGGAAAGCCAACAGAAUCUUUAUUUUCUGAAAGCUUUAGCUAUACACUAAGUGCCCUUUUUCAUAAGAGAAGAAAAUUGUGCAGAAAAAAUAUAGAUUAUGUAUGUUUUUUAAUCACCUCUUUUAAACAGAUAAUAUUUUUGGUUGACAGUUGCCUUCCAAAUUUUUUUGGAUGUUUGAUGAUUAAAGAGUUUGAGAUACCUUC